AUGCUAGGUGAUAGGCAGGUGUUUAUGAACGAGCAUGUUCCCUCAAAGAGGGUGCCAACCUCAAACUCCACGGCAAAAUCCAACAAGUUGUUCUUACGCUCAACGCACACAGACGAAGCACCAUCUCCAAAUACACCACCAGAUACUUCACUUGAUACACCGAACAGCCUCAAUCCCAAGACCUUCGGCAACACGCCAACGGGGCUAGCUAGAAUUUUAUCAGCUGCAAAGUCUAACAUAAGAGAGCCUUCACACCAUGGAUGCUUCACUGUGACUACGCAAAAGCCUGUUUCCGUAGAGAUUCCAUCCGUGUGCACUGCUGAGUCGCCAGAUAUGACGUCUGGUAUAGACACAACUCGUUGGGUGCCUUUUCUGGAAAAACCGAUCGUUUCCUCGCAGUGUGAGACAAGGCAAGAUGAAUCACAAGUGUCCGGUGUGGAUGAGAUCACGAAUAAGUCCACACCCCGUGAUUAUCCGGCAUCGUUAAUGGAGCAGAAUAACCCCAUUCAAGCGACCGCCCUAGCCCAUAUGAAAGCGCCACUACUACCCAAGAAUGCGCUGCUCGAGUUGGACAGGGUUGAGAGAACUCCAUUUGAUUCACGUUUGGUAGGACCUUUGUACAAUGUGCCGCAAUUCGAUCAGCAUAUGAAUGACGAAUGGAGGCUUCUUUUUAUUCUCGAACAUGAAUGGCAUGAAAUGGAUACGCCUGUGGGCCCCAAUUCCUUGUGGGAAAGAGUCAAGGUGGCCCUCCUUUCAUGGAUGUACCCUCAGGAUUACUACUCCAAAUAUCCGUGGGCCAAAUUUACAGAACUGGUAGGGUCUGAAGCCCGGGAGCCCGAGAUGUAG